AUGACUAUUCUCCCCAAAAAGAAGCCGCCGCCUCCCGACGCCGACCCCGCCAACGAACCGCCGCCGCCCGGGCCGCUGCCCCCGGCGCCGCGUCGCGGCGGGGGUGUGGGCGUGGGCGGCGGCGGCACGGGUGUGGGCGGUGGCGACCGCGACCGUGACUCGGGAGUCGUGGGGCCCCGUUCCCGGGCCUCACCACCGCCUCAGGGCCCGCUCCCGGGGCCGCCGGGAGCGCUUCACCGCUGGGCGCUGGCCGUGCCGCCUGGCGCCGUGGCGGGUCCGCGACCACAGCAGGCCUCUCCUCCUCCUUGCGGGGGCCCUGUCGGUCCCGGCGGCGGUCCCGGCGACGCGCUGGGCUCAGCGGCGGCGGGUGUGGGCGCGGCGGGCGUGGUGGUGGGCGUGGGCGGAACCGUAGGCGUGGGAGGUUGCUGCUCCGGGCCGGGCCACAGCAAGCGGCGACGUCAAGCCCCCGGGGUCGGAGCGGUUGGCGGGGGCAGUCCGGAGCGUGAGGAGGUCGGCGCGGGUUACAACAGUGAGGACGAAUACGAAGCGGCUGCAGCUCGCAUCGAGGCUAUGGACCCCGCAACCGUUGAGCAGCAGGAGCACUGGUUUGAAAAGGCCCUGAGGGACAAGAAGGGCUUCAUCAUCAAGCAGAUGAAGGAGGACGGCGCCUGUCUCUUCCGGGCUGUAGCUGACCAGGUAUAUGGAGACCAGGACAUGCAUGAGGUUGUACGAAAGCAUUGCAUGGACUACCUGAUGAAGAAUGCGGACUACUUCUCCAACUAUGUCACAGAGGACUUCACCACCUACAUCAACAGGAAGCGGAAAAACAACUGCCAUGGCAACCACAUUGAGAUGCAGGCCAUGGCAGAGAUGUACAACCGGCCCGUGGAGGUGUACCAGUACAGCACAGAACCCAUCAACACCUUCCAUGGGAUCCAUCAAAAUGAGGAUGAACCCAUCCGCGUCAGCUACCAUCGGAAUAUCCACUACAAUUCAGUGGUGAAUCCCAACAAGGCCACCAUUGGUGUGGGGCUAGGCCUGCCGUCAUUCAAACCGGGGUUUGCAGAGCAGUCCCUGAUGAAGAAUGCCAUAAAAACAUCAGAGGAGUCAUGGAUUGAACAGCAGAUGCUGGAAGACAAGAAGCGGGCCACAGACUGGGAGGCCACAAACGAGGCCAUUGAGGAGCAGGUGGCUCGGGAAUCCUACCUGCAGUGGCUACGGGAUCAAGAGAAACAGGCCCGCCAGGUCCGCGGCCCCAGCCAGCCCCGGAAAGCCAGCGCCACAUGCAGUUCUGCCACAGCAGCAGCCUCCAGUGGCCUAGAGGAGUGGACCAAUAGGUCCCCGCGGCAGCGGAGUUCAGCCUCUUCACCCGAGCACCCUGAGCUGCACACCGAGUUGGGCAUCAAGCCCCCUUCCCCAGGCACUGUCUUAGCUCUUGCCAAACCUCCUUCACCCUGUGCACCAGGUACAAGCAGCCAGUUCUCGGCAGGGGCUGACCGGGCUACUCCCCCCCUCGUGUCCCUCUACCCUGCUCUGGAGUGCCGGGCCCUCAUUCAGCAGAUGUCCCCCUCUGCGUUUGCAGGUCUGAAUGACUGGGAUGAUGAUGAGAUCCUAGCAUCGGUGCUGGCAGUGUCCCAACAGGAAUACCUAGACAGUAUGAAGAAAAACAAAGUGCACAGAGAUCCACCCCCAGACAAGAGUUGAUGGAGACCCAGAGACUGGAGACCAUCUCCCAACCCCCACCACUCCUGCCCUCCGGUGCCGACCCACUUUCUUUGGCUUUCUUCCCUUUUGCCUUCUUCCCUCACUCCUUUUGUUUCCCUCUUCCCCACUUCCCUCUGGCUGACCCACCACUGCACCCCCUUUCAUCGCUGCCACCACCACCAUCACCCGUCUCUUCGCCAGCUGACGUGCCCUGUUGCCCCCUGCACAGCACCAUCCCUGCACUCCACAGGGGACUUGGGCAAGGGUGCCGAACAUAGGCGAGAGGCACACAGAGACAAACCAACUGGCAGCCAGGCAGUCCCCGAGGAGAAACAUUCAGACAGAGGAAAGUCUCCCUGCCCCCCUCACUCCCUGCCCUGUUUCUUCCAACUUCAGAAAAACUUGUUACCCCCACCUCCACAAUGAUGCUGGGAAGGUGCGAGGAAGAAGUGGGAAUUCCCCUUCCCAGUACCCCAAGAAUGUCUGAGCCUUCAAUGUUGAAUUUUUUCUUUAUUAAAAUGUACUUUUAUCUUAUAAAAUCAAUCAAUCCAAAAUGAUGUAGACAACAGCAUUGGCUCUGUGAAGGCGGCAUCUCUGGUUUGGGAGCAGGCAGGCCAUGGGCCACAGAGGGAGCACAAAGAUGUGGUUGCUGUCUCUAGCCUCCAGCUCUGUGGAGGUGGGCAGUGUCUAGAGUGCAAGCCGGGGCAGGGUGGGGGGCAGGGGGGCAGGUGUCAUAUGGGCUUUGGACACUGAGACUCUGACCUCGCUGCAUUCCUAUUGCUUCCACACCACCACCACCACUACCACCACCACCACUGGUCUCUUUGGAAUCUUGGGGUGGGAGGCACCUUUGAGGAUCAUGGCAGCCACUGCCUGCCCAGGAUUUGAGUGGGGAGUGGGAGCAGCCUCAACAGAUGAGGCACCUGUGCCCUGCAGGUGUUGACAAGAUCCACCAUCUGUAAUGUCCUUGGCACAAUAAAACCAAAUGUCAGUUUCCCCU